CUAGUUCGCUUUGCUCAUUUUCUUUGGCGAUCCUGUGAGCCUUCGUUGACUCGGGACUUACAAGCUCAUUGCGCUUGUUGUAAUAAUCACAGCGCAAAAGCAACUCCGUGCAACCUCUUCCGCUCAUUUCCAUGCUGCCCUUACAUCACCACAACAAAGAAUAACACUUCAAGACUGGAAGGUGUCUUUGUUGGGGCCUUGUUCCUUCUGCAGCGGGACGCUGAACCGCGUAAAACAUUUGGUAGCGUUGUGCAAUUCUAGAACCAUAUAGUAGCGAUAGAGCGGCCAUGGCGCUAGCUACAGCUGGCAAGGAGGGCGGCCACGAUGCUGUCCGAGAGCACCUUGAAACGCUGUUCCUGGGGCAGCAGAACGCGCAUCUUCUCGAUGAUGUGAUUGUUGGUUUCGUAAACACAAACGAGUUCAAGCAGCGCCGAUACACGGUUCAGGAGCUCAUGACCUGCGCUCCAUCUUGGGGAAGGCCGAAGCACUUCAAGUUUGUGCAUGCUGAGAUUCCGUACCUGGCGACAGUGGACUUCUGGGAGGGAUCACAAGUCGACUUUGUCGUCAUCAGGCUCCCGAACAACGGCUUCACCUACAGAAACCUGCCGUGCAACCUGCCGUGCAUCAUGUCGACGGCGCCCGGUGCAGCGCCACUCCGGGCGCACGCGCACAGCGGACGGCACGAGGAGGAGGAGAUACAUCGGCACCGGCACGACGGCUGGGUCGAGCUUGACGGCACGCUGCUGAUGGAGUUCUUCCCGGGCCUCGCCAAGAGCCUCGGCGCCAAUUUCACCUCAAUCCUUUUCUUCUACAACUACAAGCAUCAGCGCAUCGACAUGCAGCUGUUCACGGACGACUCCUGCGCUCCGGGACUGAUGCUCACCUUCGAGCUUGGGUACCCGUAUGUGGAUGACCAGUGCCAGCGGCGGCCCCUGCGGCGCCUGUAGCUGCUACAAGCCCUCGGCCUGGCACGCGAACACGGUAGCCAUGUCGUCGCCCACGGGGGCUUCCGAGACAGUGGCAGCAGCGGUGGCAAUGCAGCAGGCUGUGUGGAGGCGCUCUGCGACUGCCUUUUUGCACGCGUCCGCCAGGCAUGCCAUCCGCUGCGCACGCCGUGGUGUGAGGUGGGGCGGCAAGCCGCUGUGGAGGCCACGGUCGCAAGGCAGGCGGCGGGUGGGCAGGGCACCGUGGGGGUUCUAGCAGGUCACACCAGCAGAGGAAGCAGCAUACGGCUGAGAGGCUGCGGCAGGUGCCUCUUUUGCACGAGUACCCCCUGUGGCCAUGUGGCGGCAGGCGGUGACCACCCGCUAUUGGCUAUCUGCGCGUGGGGCGGGGACACGCCGGGCGAGUGAGAGGCUGCAAGCCGUAGCCAUAACGGAGGAGGCAGUUGUGGUUAAGCUUGCCGCACAGCCGUAAACCUGUUGUUGACCAGACGUUGCAUGAGUCACAGCCAGCUGGAGACAGACUGGCGCUCGUCAAAGUUGUGUCGGCACCGUCCUUUCGUCUGUUUUGGCCCUCUGGGCAAAACCGCACACGCAUGUGUAACGCACCGGGCUC